AUGUACCAGCAUCUCAACUGGGGACCCUACCCCUCCCCGUAUUCACUGCACCGCCUGGAAAAAACCAGCGAUGUUCCACUGAAUGACUGCAAAUCUCAACAUAUACUAGACGUUCUUCCUUCCAAGCCAAUUUUAGAAUCAUUCUUUAGUGAUAUCAAUCACCACUACAGCAUAAUAAACCCAUCCUUCUUCAUACAGCAAUAUGUCGACUGGUCUACAAAGACAGAGCAAGAGCAGUGCCAUGAUGCGCAGCUGACAGCGCUCAUCUUGAUGAUCUGCGCCUGCGUCACACAGCAACUGCCGCAGGGUGGUGCAACCCAGCUAUCUGAAAGCUCAUCUCUGGACUACCACAGUGCCGGUCAAAGGCUUGCCAUGACGACAUCCGCUGGGUUGCACAGCACAACAAACCUUCAGUGGAAGGUUCUCUCAAUCUGCUGGUUUCAAGGCGAAGGCAGAUUUAUUGAGGCGUGGCAUACCAUCGGGCUGGCUAUACAAGAAGCCUACGAGCUAGGAUACCAUGGAGCCCGGGCUUGCACAACAGAGUCGAGAACAGAGGCACAGAUUGGACGACAGAUCUGGCGGGUGCUACACUGCUGGAAUUGGCAAUUGUCUUUGACUCUGGGGCGACCCAUGAUAAUGAACGACAUUGACUCGGACCCUGACGUGGAAGCCAAUCUGACUACCAUGCCACCAUCCUCGACACUCGCGACAAGGCUGCAAUACCAGCUUGUUUGCUCUCUUUCCAAGCGCUGGCACACUCCCCAUCGUAUCGACUCGCCAGCAGAAAUUCGCGCGCAUGGACAAAUGGUUGAGAAAUACAUGCAAUCUCUACCACCCGUCUAUAGAAUAGACAACACCGAUACAACCAACGAUCAGAAAUGGCCGUGGCUCGUAACACAUCGCUACUACGUCCAAGCGAUGAUGUAUUUCAUGAUUCUCCAACCAUACAAGACAUUCCUAUCAAACCCAUCAAUUGACCCAAUGCUGCCAGAUGUUCAGAAGAUGCAACAAGAAGCAACACAGUAUUCUUUAAAGGCACUGGAUGUAGCUGGGCAGUGGUCGUCGCACGCACUGGAUGGAGAUGUGCACUUUCACCUUGUUGUUUUAUGUCUCUUCGACACGGCUGCAUUUUUGAGCACAACUUUGACCAGGGUCGCCGUGCCUCAGAAGGGAGACGUUAUGGCUGCAAUUGACGAUGCGACAACGGCAUUGCGGCAGCUUGGGAGGAUAUCACAAGGCGCAAAGAUGUCGCAUACACUUCUUGGUCGGAUUCUCAAGGGCGCAGCAGAUCGGGCGAAAUGA